AUGAAUAUGUUAGAUGAUGAAGAUGACCAAAGCUUUCACGCUACGCGUGACGGCUACUCCCAUUUGAGCGAUGUCGAAUGGGAUGCGGUUCAACGGAUGGGUUCAACCAUGGGCAUCCAUGCUGUUAGCGUCAUGCUAGAGGCUCUCAGUAGAGAUGCCCAAUAUGCUACUAUCGCCAAGUUCAUUCAAAAUGAACUUGACGCUGAACGCGAGAAAGUAGCCUUGCUUCACCAACAAGGUUCUCAACAAGCAGAGUUGUUGAGAGAACAAGGUGCUCAACAGUUUGAACUGUUGAGACAGCAGCAGGCUGCUGCUGGUGGGUCGACGCGAGUGCAUCGACCCGAAACCUUGAAGAUUGACAUCUCCAAGUAUAGGGGAGUCGAAGAGGACUCCCUCUUGAGAUGGUUCGUCGAAUUGAAUGACGCCAUAAGGGCGCGUCGCAUCGACGACGGGGAUAUGCAAGUUGCAUUUGCCCAGUCAAAUCUGGCAGGACGUGCCAAGACUUGGGCACUGGGGCUCAAGUUUCACGACCCAUACGCGUUUGGGUCGUUGGAAGUCUUCAAGUCGCGGCUCCGACAAGUGUUGAACCGCCUAGAGCUGAGUUCAGAGCUCGAACCGAACUCUUGA